UAUCGAGCCCACCACGACAGAAGGCCCCCAAACCGUGUAAAGAGACAAGACAGAUUUGUUCACUGAAAAUUCGGUUACGCGAUCGGGGGUCAGAGGGUUCCUCCCUCCCUAAGUUCUCUCUCUCUCUCUCUCUCUCUCUCUCUCUCUCUCGAUUUCCCUGCUGAUCGAGCUCACGUCGCCGGCGACUUGCCGACGGCCAAGGGUCGCGACAGUAUUCAAAAGGGAUGGGUGUAAGCUAGAUCCCCCCAGGUUUUUUGCUCACAUCGUUGAGCACCAGCAUGGCCAGCCAUGGCGGCCCCCAGUCGGUCAUCGUGUUGCUGUGAACCUGUGAGGCUCCAUCGAUCAUCGCCACCGGGCACCUCCUGUGUCUUCCCGAAAGAGCUAAGGCCCGAAGUAUCAUCACCAAGAAUGGACAGCAGAGCUACUGAAAGUGAGAUACUGGAGAACAAGCUGCUGGAUCCAAGUGCAGUACCAAUAUCUCUGCCACUAUACUUCUUGAAAUCCAUCACACACAAUUUUCGCAAUGAUCAAGAACUCGGCAGGGGCGGGUACGGAGUGGUUUACAAGGGAUUUCUCCGGUGCGGUAUCAUAAUUGCUGUGAAGAAGCUUUUUGACAUACAUCUGGUGGAAGAUAAUGACCGGUUCCAGAAAGAGCUCACCUUUCUUAUGGGGAUCAAACACCAAAAUGUAGUACAACUCCUAGGUUACUGUGCCGAAUCAAGGUGGGAGAUGACAAAACUAUCGAAUGGGAAUUAUGUUCUUGCUCAAAUACCUGCAAGUUUACUCUGCUUCGAGUAUCUGUGUAACAGAGGCCUUGAUAAGCAUGUUUCUGAUGAAUCUUCAGGUCUGGAGUGGAACAUGAGAUAUGAGAUAAUUAAGGGAAUUUGCAAUGGUUUGCAUUUCCUCCAUGAGUGCAAUAUUGUUCAUCUGGACCUUAAACCUCAAAAUAUAUUACUGGAUGAUACUAUGAUGCCAAAAAUUGCGGAUUUUGGUUUGUCAAGACUCUUGGGUGAACAAAAAUCCCGAACGGUCACUCUAAAGAUUGCCGGAUCCUUCGGAUACAUGGCACCAGAAUACAUAAACCAAGGCAUAAUCUCUCCCAAGGCAGAUAUAUUCAGUUUGGGUGUGAUAAUAAUAGAGAUACUCACAGGUUGUAGGGACUAUCCCCAGAGUAUUGUACAUUCUUUCCAGCAUUUCUAUGAGACUAAUAAUCCCCAAAGCACUGAAACAUAUUUCCAGCCCUUCACAGAAAGAGUGCUCAGAAGUUGGAGGAACAGAUUUGAAAGAGCAUCCAAGUAUACAGCAGUGGAAAUACAUACCCAACAAGUGAAACAAUGCAUCGCCAUAGCCCUAAAAUGCGUAAACCCUGACUUGAAGAAAAGGCCCAACACAUUGGAUAUAAUUGAAAUUCUUAAUGCAGCAGAAAGAAGUUGCUGCGUCAAAAAUGGCAAAGAUUCACUGGUAUAUCACAAGCAGGAAGGGGUGCCACCAGUGGAUAUGCAGUGCGAGGAUGGGUUGGGAGUUGUUCUAAAUACAAGCGUAAGAAAGGAUCACACACCAGCGAGGAUCAAUGAAGAUACGUCGAAAAUAGAAGCUACCGGUAGAGCCGCGGCAUGUGAGGAAGUUCAUUUAGAGUUGGGCGCUGGCAAUAAGAAUUAUCAGCUGGAACGAGAUGCAUCUUGCACAUGCAAUAAGGUGAGUGGCGGACCAGAGAGCAACCUCCUUAGCGGGCAGCCACUCCAGCUAAACCUAACCAACAACACAGAUGAACGUGUCGCCUUCAGGCUCCUGACCAAAAAUAGCUCGAACGAGCACUUCGUUGGGCCACUUUCUGGCGUUGUGCCCCCAAGGUGCACUCUCGCUGUCACAAUGCAAAACCAACCGAAGCGGCCAUGUUGGAGGUGGCUGCCAUCCAAUAAGGAUCGCAUGCUAACAACGUGGGUGCUUGCGGCGCUGAGGCAAUGGUGUUUCUACAUGGCAGCGGGGUUAUUGGCGGCCGCAAGCUUCAGCCCGGAGGCGAUACUUUUGAUACUGUGGAGCUUCUUCGUAUCCAUGGCCUCGCUGUCGUGCUGUCUAUGUGCACUUUUUUGCCUGGGAUCUGCCAGCACUGUUAUUCACUAUAUGGGCUAUACGCGUGGCCUUUGCAUUGUAGGACUGUUUGGAAUAUUUGUUAUGUGGAUGUAUGGUUACUUUUGGAUUGUAGGAAUGCUUUGGGUUGCUGCAGGGAUGUUUCGUUCAACCUCGGUCUUGAUGGUCCAAUGCUCAGUUCGAUCGGGAGCCUUUCGCGGCUUACCACGCUGUUGUAUAUACUGUUUGGAAUAUGCACAAGUUGUGGUACCUGUGUUGACUGCAUAUGCCAUUUAUUGUGUGGCUGUUCGUGUUGGAUGGCCUGGCGUUUUGUUGACAGUCAAUCUUUAUCUAUUGACAAUUGAUCUUCUGAAUAUGUUGCGGCCAGGUGACUAUAGGAGCACAGAGCAAAGACAAUCUGAGGACAUGGAGGAUUCUGAUCCGGCUCCUGACAGUGAACCUGAGAUGUUCUUUGACUGUGAACCUGAGAUCUUAUUUGACAAUGAACCUGAGACUCUGUCUUCUGACCCAUAUUACUCAGCACCCACCCAGGAUCUAUUACAUGUACAGAAAGAAGGUUCUCCUAGCAACAUAGUAAAAUCUGAUUUUACUAAGGUGGAUGCGAUAGCGAUGAUGCGUAGGAUAAUGUAUGCUGUAACCCACUAUGAAGUUUUGGGUAUCCCUUGUAAUAGAAGCAUCGAUCAAAAGAUUCUGAAAGCAGAGUAUCGCAGAAGGGUCCUGCUUAUACAUCCUGAUAAAAAUAUGGAAAAUCCUUUGGCGUGUGAAUCAUUCAAAAAGCUUCAAUCAGCUUAUGAGGUACUCUCAGAUUUCACAAAGAAAAACAGCUACGAUGAACAACUGAGGAAAGAAGAAUUAGGGAAAAUAAUCACCCAGAGUCUGAGAUCACCUUUCUCUCCACAGUUCGAGCGAGAAUUUCUCUCCGAAGAGUCCAGAUGUAUACAGUGCGCUAAGUGUGGUGGCUUUCAUACAUGGGUUUGCACCAGGAGAAGGAAAGCAACAGCAAGAUUCUGUGAGGUUUGCUAUCAGUAUCAUCAAGCCAGGGAUGGAGAUGGAUGGGUUGAAUGCACAUUUUCAACAUCAAAGAGGGAAUCGCCACGAGCUUUUGUUUGUGUGGAGGGCAAAAUAUUUGAUGUAUCUGAGUGGGCUACCUGCCAGGGAAUGGAGUGUAAACCGAACUCUCACGGGCCAUCCUUUUGGGUAAAUAUGGUUUGUAUGGAUGAGAUGUCUCAGAGAUCCAACAGUUCUCAAGAUUCUCUCAGUUGGGACGACAAGAACAUCCGCGAAGAUGAGUUUGAGCUGUGGCCUCAGCAGACAUUGGGAUCAGGCGUCUUCUCUGCCGGGCCAACAAAUAUGGUUGGUAUAGAUAAGACUAGCCCCAGGCUAAAGCUCUUCGGCUUCCACGUCUCCGAGGAGGAGAACGAGCUGGGGCCGGAGGCGGCCGAGCAGGAGGAGGCGCCGGCGUGCGGCAACGGCAGCGGCGGCGGCGGCGGGUCGGACUCCUCCUCCUCGUCGACCACGACCACGACCACGGCCACGGCGGCCGGCGAAGGGCGGAGGUACGAGUGCCAGUACUGCUGUCGCGAGUUCGCCAACUCGCAGGCGCUGGGCGGCCACCAGAACGCGCACAAGAAGGAGCGGCAGCAGCUCAAGCGCGCGCAGCUGCAGGCCGCGGCGGCCGCCGCCGCCCGGGUCGCGGGCGGGGCCGCCGCGCUCUACCCGCGCGCCAACCCGAUGGUGUCCGCCUUCGCGCCGCCGCCGCACCUCCUCGGCGGCGGCGGCGACGCGGCGCCCACGAGCUGGGUCUACUUCUCGCCGCGCGCCGCCGCCAUCGCGGGCGGGCCGCAGGGCCAUCAGUUCCACGUCUCCCACGGCUGCGUGUUCCCGUCCCGCGGGGCCCCGGCCGCGGCCGUGUACUCCUACACCCCGGCGCCCUCCGCCGCCGGCGCCGCCUCGGCGCCUUACGUGGCGGACGACCACAGCGCGCGGCGGGUCCACGCGAGCCCGGUGGCUACCCUGGCGAGAUACCCGGGAUCCGGGAUGGUGGUGGCGGGGCCUGUCGUCGCCGGGCCGGAGGACGCCCUGGGGCUGGACCUCCAGCUGAGCCUGGCACCCGCCGGCUUGUGACCUGGCUGCUGGCUCUCUCCUACGUCGCCGACGCGCCGGUCGAGAUCAAGAUCACUGCGCGCGCGCGAUCGAGCUGCCACGGCUGCCUCGGUAAAAAAGAAUUAAUCACCUACUAGUCCUACCACUACUACUAAAGCCUGUACUGAGAUCGUCCCUGGCUAGGUAAUUAGCACUAGUAAUUAUGUUUAGUUGCUGGGAUUUGGAGAUCGAGCUGCAGACUGUAGCAUUCAUGUAAGCUAAGCCGCCUGUUCUUGGUAUGCAUGAUGAUGAUCUGAACGACGAUUGGCAGGCCCUGUAAAUUUUUGGUUGAUCCAUCCAUUCAUCAAUCUGAUCUCCCAUUUCUUCUCCA